AUGCCAACCUCCCAAAGAGGCCACAAGACUUCGCAGUCCCGCCAGGUCGACCCCAGACCAGCUAUAUGUUUCGGUCAUGCCGGUAGCGUUGCGAGCUGCAUGCCCUACAUGGCAUUCAAUAACAUCCAUUCCGGACCUUUCUCGGUCUUGGCUGGUCCUUCACCACAAAUCAUGGACACCGAGCGCGCCUAUUUGAUUGACAGCAUGCAACGUCAAAUUCAGCGCGUCAGGCGGCUCAGGGACAGCUUGCGCCGCAUCGAGGGACGACUCGCUAGAAUGGCCGUCGAAAUCGGUGACGUUGGGGUUUCUCCUUGCUCCAAUGCCACCAUAGUUGCUGGUGGCACAAAUGGCAACGAGCGCAGAAAGCUAAGAAAGGAGGCCAACCUCCUGAAGGGCAGAAUUCUCGAAGCAGAAAAGCAGGAGCAUCUUGCACUACUACGUCUGAAUGAUUUUGGAAUCAAGAAUCAGGGGCAAGGGCAUUUACAGAGCCAUAGUGCUCCGAAACCAAGCUUGAUGCUCUCCCCGGCAUCGCAGUACGACCGUGAAUGGCAGAUGCGUCACCAAGAACCCGCUACACAAGCCCUUCCAUCGACUCAGACAAUCUUGCCCCAGUCGUUGCUUCUCGCUCCUUCGAUGCUCAGCCCAUUAUCCCCACCUUUUAUCCCCGGUGCUAUGUUUUCCAACAGUUUCUCUUGGGCCAACAAGUCUCACAGGGAUGAAACAACUGAAGCCAUUAUGAUGGACCAGUUUUCGCCAACCGACAUGUCUGCAGUUGGUGUGCUAUACUGGCCAACUCUUCCUUCUCUGGACAUAAUAGACGCCAAAGAUGCCAAGACCGGAGAGAAGGAUACAGGUCUUGUUGUUCGAGAAGCAGACAGUAGAACUUUGGUCAGUCACCGCAGCAUUUCUCUGAAUCAGAUCAACCUAGGAUACGCGCCCUGGCCACAAGACAAACGCAUGAGCAUGCCGUCACUCAGAUCAAUAUGGCCGUAG